CACAUCAUUUAUAUCAUAUAUACUCAUAACAUACAUACUCCAAAUACACACAACAAAACACAGAACCUCCCCCAGUCACAACACUACAACACCCCCUCAAGAUUUUUAUUUUCUUCACUGUUCAUACUAUUUCCUUUCACGUUAUCCUUCCCUUUUUAAAACAAGCCAAGCUGUGCUCAGCUUUUGUUCCCUCUCAUCACCAACAGGGUAGUAGGUGUAGGUGUCCUUCAUCGUGAACUAGAGCAACAAACACAACACAUUCCACUUUGACUUUGGAGGAUAACUGGCUCAAGGCCUGAGGCAGUUUUUUGUGCUUGGUCAGGUUCCCAAUCGCUGUGAUAUCAUGGAGUCCCCACAAUCUGUUGUGUCACCAUUCAAGAGUUCUGUCUUGGGUGAAGCUGAGAAGUAUAGGUCUGAUAUUUUCACAAAAAGCUCAGGUCCUUUGUCUAAGGACAUUGAAGUCAAUGGAAAGGAAGCUGCUGUGUCCAAUCCAGAGGACUUCAUUGGUGUUGUUGAUGUUUACAUUCAUCAGGCAAGAGACAUUCAUAACAUAUGCAUAUACCACAAGCAAGAUGUUUAUGCUAAGAUUUGCUUGACUAGUGACCCUGAGAAUACUGUCUCUACCAAGACAAUCAAUGGAGGAGGAAGAAACCCUGUCUUCAACGAGAAUCUUCGCCUAAACGUUAGGACGGUUGAUUCGGCUAUCAAAUGUGAAAUUUGGAUGCUGAGUAGGGUGAAGAAUUAUCUUGAAGAUCAGUUGCUUGGUUUUGCUUUGGUGCCUUUUUCUGAAGUACUAGUGAAAGAUGGCAAGCUAGAGAAAGAGUUCUCUCUUUCCUCAACUGAUCUAUUCUAUUCCCCAGCUGGUUUUGUUCAACUGUCUCUCGCUUACACCGGCGCUUCGCCUGAUGUUAUGGCGAUUUCUGCAAUGCCUACCGAUAAGGAAUCCGAAUCAUGCGAAUCACUGGUCAGAGAUUUGGACAAAAUCGAAUUCCCGGAUCCGAAAAUUGUAACCGAAGACCGCCUGAUGGUUUCGGAAUAUUUUGGCAUUCCAUGUGAGGAGAGCCAGGGUUCUGAUAGCUUGAACACUACUGAUACUGAGAAUCUGAGUUCUGAAGCAGGUGUUCAACUUGUGGAGAGCUUCUCUGCAUGCAGUGUUGAAUCUGUCCAACCUCCUAAUCCUAAGGCUGAUUCUCCACCUAGCAGUGUGUCAACAAAUGGGGUCUCAUCUCCUUCAGUGGCUGCAAGCACAGACUCAUCGGAUGCUGCUGCUUCCAAGUCUCCCAAUCAGGAACAAGUUUCUAGCAUCAAGGAGAAAAAUGGGGAUGCCAAAGAGGGUGAGAGUGAUUCCUCAAAUGGGGUGCUGAAUGAGCCAUUUCCUAAGCCUGUUUUAACUGUGAACAUUGAGCCAGAACCAAAUGUGGUGCAGCAGGAUUUUGUAGACAUGUACAUGAAAAGCAUGCAACAAUUCACCGAGUCAUUGGCGAAAAUGAAGCUUCCUAUGGACUUUGAAAGUGGACCAACUAGUUCAGGAAACUCAAGCUCUGAACAGAAGUUGCAGACACCAAAGAGCAGUAACUCUAGGGUGUUUUAUGGUAGCAGGGCUUUCUUCUGAACCUUUGGUUGUUCAAGGGAAUUGAAUACUUUGAGGUGACUUAGAUUUUAGACCAAAAACUGAUAUGAGUAAUGAAAUGAUGAAAUAAUGCACUGCUGAGUGUUGUUCUCUCUUCUUGUGUACUUGUUGAUCUGUUAUAGGUAACAUGGAAUCUUAACUUUGUACUCACAGUCCUAUGUUAACUGCUACAUGAACCUUUUUUUUGUCUUAGUCUUAUUUCAUUGUUUUGGAUGGCAAUGUUUGUGAAAGAGGAUUUUUCAUCUAGCAAAAGGUUCAUGUUGUGUGUAAUCACGAGUGGUAUUGUGGUCCCAUUUUCACAUGGCGAAUACUAUAGUUGAUGGGGCCAAAUCAUUUAUGAUUUCGCUUUCGUCUAUUUCACA